AUGUCUCCCUCUACGCCCGUCAACGCCGAUCCCGGCAAUGUCAAGGUCGUGGUGCGAUGCCGCGCCUUUGUGCCCAGAGAGAAGGAGAGGGGCAUCAAGUGCCUGAUCCGCAUGGACCCCGCGACGCAGAAGACGACGCUGCAUGCCCCCGACAACAUCCGCGACAGCACUGGGCGCCGCGUCCACGAGGACAAGGAGUUCACCUUUGAUCGCUCGUACUGGUCGCACGACGAGAGCGACCCGCACUAUGCCCACCAGGAAGAUGUGUACCGCUCGUUCGGCGAGGAGUUCCUCGACCACAACUUCGCUGGAUACCAUACCUGCAUCUUCGCAUACGGACAGACGGGCUCCGGCAAGAGCUAUACCAUGAUGGGCACACCAGAGAACCCGGGCCUGAUCCCACGAACCUGCGAGGAGCUGUUUGCCCGCAUCAGACACGAGCCCUCGCCCAACACCAACUACCACGUCCAGGUCUCCUACUUUGAGGUUUACAACGAGCACGUGCGAGACUUGCUCCAGCCUAGGACAAACCCGCCCGUGUACCUGAAGAUCCGCGAGAGCCAGAAGGAUGGCGUCUACGUGCAGGGCUUGACCGAGGCUGAGGUCAAGUCGUAUACCGAUGUCGCGCGCCUGAUGAAGAUUGGCGACAUGAGCAGGACGACUGCCUCGACCAAGAUGAAUGACACUUCGUCUCGCUCCCACGCUGUCUUCACGAUCCGUCUGAAGCAGAUUACCCACUCGCUUCUCUCGGAUGAGACGAUUGAGCGUACCGCACGCAUGCGUCUUGUCGAUCUCGCGGGUUCCGAACGCGCAAAGUCGACAGAAGCCACUGGCGCGCGCUUGAAGGAAGGAGCCCAGAUCAACAAAUCCCUUACAACACUGGGUCGUGUGAUCGCUGCCCUGGCAGACCCCCGGCGGCAGGGCACCAAGGGGCGACGGCCUCGCGAGGUAGUUCCAUACCGCGAUUCGGUAUUGACAUGGCUUCUCAAAGACUCGCUCGGCGGAAACAGUAAGACGGCCAUGGUGGCGUGUGUGGCUCCCGCCGACUAUGACGAGACGCUUUCUACUCUCCGCUAUGCCGACCAAGCCAAGCGCAUCCGCACCCGUGCCUCGGUCAACCAGGACUGCAUGUCGGCUGCACAGCGAGACGCCCAGAUUGCCGAGAUGUCCGAACAGAUUCGAAGUCUACAGGUGUGUGUCAAUGCUGCCAGCCAGCGCAAGAGGGAAGAGGCGACCGAGCUGGACGAGUACCAGAGGCAGGUUGCCCUCAUGCAACGUCUCAUGGAAGAAAACCGACAAGUGUCGGCAGCAAAGAUCAAGGCGCUCACCUCGGAAGUCGAGGAGCUUCGCCCGCUCAACGCAACCCUCCAUGCAGAGAUUGACUCGCUGCGCCGCCACCUUGCUCUCGCGCUCGGAGAACUCAAGAACCCCAUUGUCUUGCCGCCGCCCAGAGAGCUCGGCUCGCCAAACUUUGAAAGCGAAGACUGGAUGGGCGAAGACUAUGAAGAUGAAUCCAUGCCGGUUGCCGGUGAUGGUGAGGUCAGUGACAAUGACUCUGACUCUGGCUACGAUGAGGGCGACCAUGAUGAAUUGGCUCAGGAGCUGCAACACGAGGCGGAGAAUUUCCUCAAGGACCUGGGCAUGUUCCGCAAGAAGGUCGGCAGCGAUGUUGAACGAUUUGGACUACACGAGAAACUUGACGAUAUCAUGGAACACGGCAUCUGA